UAUGUAUUUAUUGGUACAACCGAACAUUUUCAAGGGGUGUAAGUCAAGACAGCUGGCCUAGCAACCGUGGUGGUCCUUGUAUAUGUGCUGAUGAGACUUCAGGCCAGCCACGGGGUGCAUUGUUGGUGUGCGGGCAUCGGCACAAUGGGCAGCUCGGGUAAUGCCGGCAGGGGCCCAAACCCGCCUUACCCACCACCCUACCCGACAUCCUCGCCCUCCUACCCACCGGGACCCAUAGGAUCGGCGCCAUUCGUGGAUCCCCAAGGGCCGCGGGGUGCGUCCGGUCCGCCACCAGCAGGUUUCGUGGACUCGUCGCCCGGCUCAUCAGCGGGAGUGUAUCCGCCGACAAUGGACCCAAGCCCAAGCACAGACUACUAUCCUCGGUCAGGAGUGUAUCCGCACAGAACACCCUCACUGGCAAUGCCCAUGCCUGGAUCUUCUCAUCUGCCUCUCAUGCCUGUGGCGCCUCCCUUACCGCAAGGAGCGCCGCCCUUGCCUGGAGGGCCCCCUUUAGCGCACAGAGCGCCCUCCUUGCCACAGAUGCCGAUACCAGUGAGGUCAAUGCCGUCGGCAUCGUCAACGUCGCUUGGCUAUCCCACGGGCGCAUACCCGCCGUCAAGCUCUGUUCCUCCCUUCCAUUCGCGGCCUGGUUACGAGUCUCCCGCUGCUGGCCGCUACCCUGCGAGUGGUUACAGUUCGAGCAGCCGUUCCACCGAUUAUCCUACCCUUGGAUACGGUUCUGCCCACAGCGGUACGCCUUACGCAUCGCCGGCUAGUGGGGCCGUGGGCUACGGGGCUUCGUCUGCUUGCUGCGGCGGCUCGCAGGCUGGAACCAGUUGCUAUCCCCCAGGAAGGGGAACCAUCAAACCGUACCGAAACUUCAAUGCCCAGCAGGACGCCGAAGCGCUCAGGAAAGCAUUUAAAGGAUGGACCACGGACCACGCUACGGUCAUCGAUAUCCUGUGCGCGCGAUCGGACUAUCAGCGGCAGGACAUUGUCAGAUGCUACAAGCAAUCGUUUGGGCGUGACUUAGUGCUUGACGUGAAGUCGUCUCUGCGCACUAACUUCGAGGACAUCAUCGUGGGGCUACUCUACCCUAUGCACGAGUACCUGGCUCGUGAGCUGCGCAAGGCCAUCGUUGGUCUGGGCACCGAUGAGGACUGCCUGAUCGAAAUACUCUGUACGCACAACAACGAAGACAUCAGGCUCAUCAGGGAUUACUAUCACCGGAUAUUUAAAAAAGACCUCGAGAAGGAUGUCAUUGGUGACACGUCCGGUGAUUUCCGGCGUCUGCUGGUGUCGAUGUGCAAUGCGCAGCGGGAAGAAAACGUCCCUCUGGACCCUGCCCGUGCGCGCAGUGACGCUUCUGAACUACACCAGGCAGGCGUACUUCGUUGGGGCACAGACGUGUCGGCGUUCAACCGCAUCAUCGCCACCCAGAGCUACGAGCAGCUGCGCCUCGUUUUUCGUGAAUACAACGCACUCGCCAAUCACACGGUCUUGGAGGCCAUCAAAAGCGAGAUGAGCGGAGACCUACGCAGGGCAUUUCUGGCCAUCGUGAAAUGUGUCUACAGCCCUCCCUUUUAUUUUGCCGAAAAGCUCUACAACUCUAUUAAGGGACUCGGCACCAAUGACAGGGUGGUCAAGCGAGUGAUAGUGUCAAGGUGUGAGAGGGACCUGGAGUUAAUCAAGCAAGAGUACCUCGACAAAUACAAGAUGACACUUGCAAGCGCCAUUCAGUCAGACACGUCGGGCAACUACAGGAAGGCCCUGCUUGCCAUUGUCCAAGGAAACUGAGGAGCGCCUCUCCGACCGCCAGUCUUCAUGGGCUCGCAUCCGUCGGAGGCCUUGUUUCCCCAGGGUUAAACAGGAGAGCUCCAUGAAUGGAACUCAUUCGUCCACGUUGCCGAAGUCUCACAGUAUCGAACGACCUAGAAAUUCGAAGACGCCUUGCCCAGUGGCCUCAGUAAUUAAAAUGAUGCCUAGCAGCGCUUUUAUUCUCACGGUAGGGUGUACUUCCAUUUGUGUAUAUUAGAGGAGCGUCAGUCUGAGCUCCACUACUUCAUAGCACAGUACUUCCUUGGAUGGUUCAAAAUUAUUUAUGCGCCGAUUGGGUCCGUAAUAAUAAAUGCUGCUUUGUUCGCCAACUGAAAGCGUGCUCUUGCA